GGCUCCAUCAACGUGGACGAGCUGCGCAUCGUGCUGCAGUCGUGCCUGCGUGAGAGCGCCAUCUCACUGCCCGAGGAGAAGCUGGACCAGCUGACGCUGGCGCUCUUCAAGUUGGCGGACAAGGACUGCAGCGGCGCCAUCACCUUCGAUGAACUUCGAGACGAGCUGCAGCGCUUCCCCGGCGUCAUGGAGAACCUGACCAUCAGUGCUGCCCACUGGCUGACUCCUUCCGCCGCCGGGCCGCCCCGACACUGUCCUCGCCAGCUGACCUCUGCCUACUGGCACAACCACCACAGCCACCUGCCCUGCCUAGCCGCCUACGUGGACCUCCACGUGCUGCUGUUUGCCCUGGCAGCUAGUGUGCACCGGGCCCUCGGCGCCAGUGUCAUGGUGGCCAAGGGCUGCGGCCAAUGCAUCAACUUUGACUGCAGCUUCAUCGCGGUGCUGAUGCUUAGGUGCUGCCUCACGUGGCUGCGGGCCACGUGGCUGGCUCAGGUCCUGCCGCUGCACCACAACCUCCAGUUCCACCAGCUUAUGGGCUACGUGGUGGUCAGGCUCGCCCUCGUCCACACCGUGGCCCAUGUGGUGAACUUCGCACUCCGGGCUCAGUCCAAGGCCAGCCCCUUCCAGUUUUGGGAACUGCUGCUCACCACGAGGCCUGGCAUUGGCUAGGUCCGCAGCUCGGCCUCCCUGACCGGUGUGGCCCUGCUGCUACUGCUGCUUCGCAUGUCCGCCUGCUCCAGCUCCUGUGUCCGCAGGAGCGGCCACUUUGAGGUGUUCUAUUGGACCCACCUGUCCUACCUCCCAUGUCUGCACGGGCCCAACUUCUGGAAGUGGCUGCUGGUCCCUGGCACCUUGUUCUUCCUGGAGAAGGCCGUCGGCCUGGCCGCAUCCCGCAUGGAGGCCCUGUGCAUCGUGGAAGUCAAUCUCCUCCCUUCCAAGACACCAUCUGGCUACACAUCCGGUCCCAGGGCCAGUGGACAAACAGGCUGUAUGAGUCCUUCAAGAAAUCAGACCCAGUGGGCUGUGGUUCCGAGAGGCUCUCGAGGAGUUUGAAGAUGAGAAGGAGUCAGAGGAAGCUGCAGGGUUUGCAGCCCCAGCCCAUCCACUUUGGAGCCUCGGCACAGAGCGCAGUGGCCUCCAACAAGGAUGUCUCUGUGGAGCUGAUGUCCUACAGGCCCAAGGGAACUCCACAGCAGGAGGAUGAAGGCCUGGUGUACGUGGGGACAAAGGACGGGGUUCAGGCACGGUGGGAAGCUGCAGCCGAGGAUCUGGGCCUGGUAGCUGGGGCUGGAGCCUGGAGAG